AUGAGUGAGGUAAUUGUUCCAAGAAGUUUUCGUUUAUUAGAUGAAUUAGAAAGAGGACAAAAAGGAAAUGUAAGUGAGGGUGUAUCAUUUGGUUUAGAAAAUGCUGAUGAUAUAACACUUUCAAAUUGGUCAUGUACCAUUUUUGGACAACCUGGAACUGUAUUUGAAAAUAGAAUUUACUCUUUAACUAUUUUUUGUGAUGAUAAUUAUCCUGAUGCACCACCAACCGUGAAAUUUGAUACAAAAAUUGAAAUGACAUGUGUAGAUAACAACGGAAGGGUUAUUAAAAAUAAUUUACCUAUAUUAAAAAAUUGGAAUCGUAAUUACACUAUAGAAACAAUUUUAAUUUCUUUAAGACAAGAAAUGUUAUCAAGUGCAAAUAAAAGACUACCACAACCAAAUGAGGGAGAAAUGUAUCCGCAUUAUUAA